AUGCCACGUGGUAAAUACACAAAUCAUAAGGGACGCAACCGUAAAUUUACUAGUCCUGAAGAAUUAGAAGAGCAGAGAAAGCAGGAGGAGCUGAAGCAAAAGUGGAGAAAAGAACAUGGUCCGAGCAGUAGUGAAGAGUCAGAAGAUGAUAAAUCUGGCUCUGGAGACAGUGAUGACAGUGAUUCAGAGGAUGAUCAACCAGCAAAGGCAAAGGGUGUUUCUGGCCUCAUUGAGGUUGAGAAUCCAAACAGGGUAGUAAAAAAGAAUAAAAAGCUAUCUAACUUGGAUAAUAUUGGUGAGGGUGAAAAGCCUCAAUUGUCAAGGCGUGAACGCGAAGAAAUAGAGCGUCAAAGGGCCGCCGCAGCGUAUCAAAAGGCCCAUGCAGAAGGAAAAACAGAUCAAGCCCGCGCAGAUUUAGCUCGACUGGCCAUAAUCCGACAGCAGCGGGAAGAGGCCGCAAAGAGACGCGAGGCUGAAAAGAAAGCUAAGGACGAAUCUACGAAGAAGAAAUAA